ACUUAAAUUCUCUUUCAAGUAUCAACUCCUCAAGGGCACUCUGGUCUUCUCUCAGUUCUUAAUUUCUCCAUGUAAAGCUUCAAUUCCACCCCCCCCCCCCAAAAAAAAAAAAGAUUUUUGAAGAUCAUUAUCGUUCACAGGUAUGAGGAACUUCAUUCUUGAAUUUGAGUACUUUGCCGAAGAUCUGUGUUGGUAUUUUUUCGAAGCUUUCGACAUUGUUGCUGAGGAAUUUAUUGCGUUCUUCCAGGUCUUAAUUUCCUUCCUUGAGUUCUUAUUUCAUCUCUUGUUUUGCCUCAUCUUGAUUGCUUAGAUUGUUGACGUAAUUCGGGUUUGAAAUCGAGAGUUUGUUCGUGUUAGUAAUUGAAAGGUUCGAGUCCUUUUCGUUGUGUUUUAAAACCUUGCUUGAGAGCUUUGUUCAUCUCGUUUGCCUCAUCUUGAUUGCUUGGAUUGUUGACGAAAUUCGGGUUUGAAAUCAAAAGCUUGUUUGAGUUAGUGGUCGAAAGGUCCAAGUCCUUUUUUCGAUCGUGUUUUAGCUUUGUUCAUCUUGUUUUGCCUCAUCUGGAUUGUUGAUGAAAUUUGGGUUUGAAACUAAAAGCUUAUUUGAGUUAGUAAGCGAAAGGUUCGAGUCCUUUCCAUUCGUGUUUUAGCUUUGUUCAUCUUGUUUUUCCUCAUAUGGAUUGCCUGGAUUGUUGACGAAAUUCGGGUUUGAAACGGAAAGCUCAUUCGAGUUAGUAAUUGAAAGGUUCAAGUCCUUUUUGAUUGUGUUGUAGUUCUGUUCAUCUUGUUUAGAUUGCCGUUGACGACUUUUUGGGAUUUCGAUAUCGAAUACUUAUUUGAUUUGGAGGAAGCUGAAGGUUUGAGUGUUUUUUUCCGGGUCUUGCUGUGAUGGGAUCAAUUCAGAAUACGGUUCAUUAUUGUUGUGUUUCGAAGGCUAACAGGACUCUAUAUGAAUAUAGUAGGGGAGAUCAUGAGAUUGAAAAUAUGGCUGCCUUGUGUUUAGAAAGGACUAUGUCAUUCCACAAAUGGUAUUUCGAGACUAUAGGUAAAUGGACUUUCGGGUUUUUAUUCGAAGACGGGUGUGUUUAUUUCGCGAUUGCCAAUAAAGCUGUCGAAAACCAUGGUGUGCUUCGGUUCCUACAGCACAUGAGAGAUGAAUUUAAAACCCUUGCUAGGAAAGGUUCGAGAAGUAGUUUCUCAGGUAUGAGUUCGAUCGGUGUCGAAGAGCAACUAGUCCCAGUUAUUCAGCGCUUGAUAACUUCUUUAGAGCAAGUUUCGCAUAGUGACAAUGACUGGAAAACCAAGGUUCCAGUAUCGGAUUAUCCAAGUCACUCCCCAUCUUCAAGCAAUAAAAAUGCCAAACUUGAAGCUGCUAGUUCCACGAAAGCCCCUUUGUUGGGAAAAUCAAGCAAGCAAGAGAAGAAAAAUAAGGAUCACAUAGUUGCAGUGAGAGACAUCGAGUUGGAAGAACAUCGGAAAUCAACAGAUAGAGUAAAAACUGAUUCAACCACAUUAGAUCCAAGUAACCAAAACGGAGCAAGUUCAUCAAUCACAUUACAAAAGGACUUGGGUUCGACAAGGAUCAGACCCGGAUCUCAAAACAUGCGUAAGAAAUGGUGUCGCCAAGUGCGUAUUGUUCUCGCCAUUGAUGUGGCUAUUUGUUUAGUAUUGUUAGUGAUUUGGCUGUCAAUUUGUAAUGGCAUAUCAUGCACCCGAUAAAUCAUAUUCCGAUUUCCAAUGCCACAGCCCCGGAGAUCGGAAGUCGGUAUGUAUUUCGAAAUUACUUAUGUAUAGUUUCGUGGUGCUUAUGUAAAUCUUUAUCAUAUUGUUUAUUUGAGUUUUUUUAGCACCA